AUGGCCGCCCUGUCGCAUCGACCUCCGAUCGAAGACGACACUCCCUCGCAAGCUUCCAAGACGCAUCAUCACAGUCACGAUAGCCACCACGCGCACCACACCCCGCCAUUGAAGCACUACACCUCUGCACCCCGAUCAUCGACGUCAGACCGCCUGACUGCCGACCUCACCACCCUGCCCGCUUCCUCCCACCACCAGCGACACUCGAGCACUCCGUCCGCAAGUUCCUUUUCCCGAUCACAGCGUUCUGCCACCAGUCUUCUCAGCCGAGCCGCUGCCGCCCUGGACAGAACCCAGAACGCAUUCGCCGGCAUAUCUGAACCCGUCAUCCGGCCUCGACACUCGAACUCGGCACUGGCUCGUCUCUCUUUGCAAUCAGUUUCUGCUCCCAGUCCAGAACCCUCAAGCCCAGGCAGAACCGCCGGAUCCAAGGCAUUUUCUGUCAACGGCCCCUUCACUCCCGCCCCAAGAGCCCAAAUCAAGGUAGUGUCUCCAGCGGCUCAGGCGAACCAUCCACCUUCACAGCCAUACUCGGAGACAGAUCCAAGUCUGCCCGCACCUAUCAGAGUAGCGCCGUCUGACAAGAAAAUGCAUCAAACAUCGUCGCGCUUAUUGCGCAUGACGGACGAUGACCGACCUUUCACAAGGGAUUUCAAAGAUUUAUUCGCAACUCUCAUUGUCAGCUUGCUGCCUCUUUCUGCACACCGCGUACGGUUGUCAAAAGUUGAAUACACCUUCCUCUCAGAAGAUGCCAUCAAUAACCUCGGCUCACUAAAAUUCUCACAAUCAAAUCGAAUGCCCGAUCCCAAGGACCCUUCUAGAAUUGUUACCACGACGACAACAACGACCUUUUCCAUGGCCAAGGACAUGGCCAGGUCCAUCUGCCAACGCUUCGUGGAGGCCCGCUUUAUUGAAUCAGCAGACGGUAAAUACCAGCAAGUGUACAACAUGAAGGGAUCUGUUUGGCAAUUGACUCCAAAGGGCAUCACGGUGCUGGAUCGCUUCUGUUCCAGGAAUGGCAUCCAACAGAAGCAGGUUGGCGAAUUAUCCAAUAUGAGCUCGGCUCAGUUGGUCAUUCUGGAACGUGACCAGCAAACAGACAAGCUUCUACACGAUUGGGGGACUAUCGAGGUAAUAUUCCGCCGCUUUGUUGGUGCCGAUCGACGCAACGUCAAAACCAGCGUCACUGCCGCCGACUCGGACUCCCUACACGAUUAUAGGGAUGGGCUCACCGGAGUAAAAAUGGCAGCAGAGCGGAAGGUGAACGGCAAGGCCUACAGAGACACAUUCACCGGCAAAGCCACCACGGACUGGCUGAUGGACUGUUCCACAAUCGUCGACCGUCGUGAAACCGUCGAGAUUGCGUCCCUGUUUGUAGAGUACGACUUGAUGGAGCCUGUCGUUCAGGAUCGGGCCUUUAUGUCACAGAACACUGGAUACAACCUGUUUCAGCCAACGAAGCAUGCCAUCUACCAGCUCACUACCCGUGGUAAAGAGCUAAUUAGUGGAAGUGGUUCUAGGGGCCGUGCAUCAGAGAGCGAAAAUGGUACAGGCUCUCAACGAAAUGGCAUCACGAGAGAUUCCAACACUCAGAGACUAGAGAAGAUCCUGAACGAUGCUGCCCUGCGCCUUCUUUUCAGGGAAAAUUUACGAGAAACCCAUUGCGAGGAGAAUUUAUCAUUUUACAAGGACGUUGGCGAAUUCGUACGCAGCUGCAAGGAUGCCAUUCGUCAAGCUCAAAAGGCACCGAACGCGAGCUCCAUGGACACCAUCAAGGAAAUCAUGGCUCAAGCCUACGGCAUCUACAAUGCCUUCUUGGCUCCAGGAUCACCCUGUGAACUCAACAUCGACCACCAACUCCGCAACAACCUGGCUACUCGCAUGACCAAGGCUGUGGGUCAAGACAACACAAUGAUUGAGACGUUGCAGGAGGUAACGGCUCUGUUCGAGGAUGCACAGAAUGCAGUUUUCAAGCUGAUGGCUAGCGAUUCGGUACCGAAAUUUCUUCGCAACGCCAAGUACGAGCAGCAACUCAGGAACUACGAUCUUGACAUGUCGGCCCGCGCACCCGAGCGGAGCCAAAGUCGUUCCAACCGCAAAUAA